UUCAUUGUAUCAUAUUUACUUGUACAUUCCACUGUACAGUUUGCAAUUCCUUUUCCUUACUUGCAAAUUACUGAACGCACCCCACGUCUCUCUCUUUCACUCUCUUUACUUUUGCGCACCCCUUCCUCUGCAAAAACAGUGCAGCCGCGCCCAAUCUUCUUCUCUUUCUGUUCGAAUUUCUUCAUCCCUGCCUUCGAAGUUUCACGUCACCAUCACCAAUAACCACUCGCCGUCGCCGCUUUGCCACUAUAAAAGCCAUAGUCGCAGCUUAGUUCGUCAGAAACGCCACUGUUCUCGCCAGAAAACUUCCGUUCCACCGCGGGUUGACAUCUUCAGCCACAACAACAGCCGCGAGCCACCAUCUCUGACCUCCUUGCCUCUGUACAGCCCUUCUUCCAUUCGAUCUUUGAGGCUUGUUGCUGGCAUCCAACUGGUCGUUUUAAGGCCGUGAAAAUGGAAGUGAUGGUGAAAAAGUAUCAGUCGAAGUUCAGACAAGUUAGGGAAGAAAUGAAUCGGUGGGAUGAGCUUCAAUCUCGCUUAAUUUCACAGUUUAGGAAUGCUUCCCAUAUUUUGGAUAGGUUGCAGGUGCUUCAAAAAUCCAACAAUUAUGGUAUUCUAAGAUGUGUGAGUGGUGUGAAAGAUGCUCUUUUGGAAAAGCAGAUUAGUUCUUUGAAUACCAUUUUGGUUUCCAUGAGAAAGACUUUGGAAGAAUUACAUUCUAUUGUCUUAUCUCUUGAAAAAAUUCAUCGAGAUGGUAGACAACUAGUGAAAGGCAGUUCUUCUCGCCCAUCUGUGAAACAACUGCAGCAGCGUAUUGGUGUCAAACCUAGACUUAUUGAUUGCUUGGACGGCUUGUUGUUUCUACAUGAGAUAUACUCCUCAGAGUAUUUAUUAAAAUCAUCAGUUGUAUCAGCACUAUCAGCAAUGGUCUUAAUGCCCAGUCCUAGCGAUCUUGGUUCACUACAACAAUUCUUGGUUGAUCAACCCAAUCUCCCCACUGAGGAAGUUCAAUUUGUGUUGGACACAAUAUUUGCUGAAGAACUGUGUUGAUGUCCUCUACCGUGAUGGUAUGUAUACCUGGGAAUGCUGGAGCCUUUGUACAUCAAGGGAGCCUUUUUCAUCCAACAGGCGUGAUUUUUGAUGCAAAUUAGAUUAAAGAUAAAUUGGAGUUAGGAUGGUGAGAAAUGGAGACAAUCCUAACUCGAAAAUUUGUUAUCUUUAUUGGUAAUAAUUUUUAAUUUUGUAAGUGUUCUUUAGGUAUAAAAAAGUCUUCAUACUUUUAGGCCACUAUUAUCUUAUUAGGAUUUUUUGUUUUAGAAACUAAUAUUUGACUUAGAUUUUGUAUUUGAUUGGGAUAAAGAUUUUGGUGGUUUUUGGAUUUUAAUUUAAUAUUAUAAAGGCUUGUGUUUGUGUGAGA